AUGUCCUGGGUUGUGAAACGGUGGCUGGGCUCACCUGAGGAGGAAGCUGCAUCUUCAUCUCCAGCUCCAGUUCCAUCUACGUCGACGCAGCCAACAAACACAAACACGUUUCAAUCGUCGCAGACACCAUCUCUACAACAAAAAUCACAGGUACAACAGCAACAAGAACAACAACAACCACCUCGGACUUUCCCCAACAGCCAAAAAAUCCUCAUCAGCGGUCUCUUCUUCCUCUCCAUCGCCUCCGUCGUCACCCGCCGCGCUCUCGCCCGGCGACGUCUCCAUGCCAUUCCCCCUUUUUACUCUUCCUCCGUCUACCACCAACCCCCCGGCAAUGGCGCGCUCGAUGCCGCUGAAGCGUUCAACAUCGCCACCAUCAAUGUCGCCUCCGUCGGAAUGACCGCUUUGGGUGGGGCCAUGUGUGCUCUGGGUAUCGACAAUAUCGAGCAAGCGCGCGUCAAAGUGAGGACCGGCAUGGGGAUCGCCGAGGGCGUGCCACCCACCGCGGAAGAAGAGAAACAGUUUGAGCAGGAUAUUGAGGAUUGGGUGGGUAAGAUGCUGGAUAAGAAGGAUAUCGGCGAGAUUAAGAAAAAAGUCGAGGCGGCCAGGUCGGAGGCUGGUAAAAAGGAGUGA